UGUUAAUAAAGGAAAUUGUACACGAAAAUUGUCUAUAAAUACUGGAGUAUUAUGGUUUCACUACAACUGAAACCGAAUUUUCUUGCCCCAGAUUCACAUUUCAACCAUAUUUGCUCGUACACACAGCUAUUGUGACAUGAACGUUUAUUUCCGGUGCUAAUUGGAGCAAUUCAAUAAAAACUAAAUUUCCUUAAAAAAUUAACACAAAAUAAAAUUUUUUAUAAACUUUUACGCAUAUAACAAAGUUUUCACACACACAUAUACCUACCAACAUAAAAAUUGUAUUAAAAAAUGGUGGGUCCAAGCUCACAAGUUAGUAAAAUAUUACUAUGCCUUCUCUUCGCUUUAUUGGCAUUUUAUAUAUUUAUGGACAUUCAGUUAUAUUUACGUAUACAAAGAUAUGCAAUCGAACGAGAUUACCACAUAAAUACAACAACUUUAUUAGCGAAUAAUGCAUUAGGCGGUGAAGCAACUACAGAUUAUACAAUGAUAAAAUCGGUCAGUUACUAUGAGCGCCAUCAUAUGUUAUCGUGCGAUGUGAAUCCUUUAUGUCACGUGACGGUGAAAGCUGUACUCCUUGACCAUACGAAUCAUUAUCUAUUUGCACCGCUUGCAACUAUAUUUGAUAAUAUCGUCGGGAUUUCCCGGAGCAAUUUCAUCACAGCAAAUAUGAUAUCGUUCUUCCAUGUAGGAGUUGCAUGCAUUGCGGGUAAAAUGGUUUCAUCGGAUAAUUUGGGCUAUCGCCGUUUGGGUGUGGUACUCUUUCAAUUACGCACCUUCUUAGACGACCUAGACGGUCAUGUGGCGCGCGCUAAAAAGAAUAUACACGGAGAACGAUCUGAAGUUGGUACUUCCGGUUAUUAUAUCGACGGUCUUUGUGAUGGCCUGGGUUGUAUUGCCUUACUUUUGGGUAUUUUCUUUUACCUGAAAAAUAAUCCACCACGCCGCGGUUACUCUCAACUACCAAUGAGUGAAUCAAAACUACCUGAACCCGUUACGAGGCCUAAAGCCAAAUCAAUGACACCAAAGGUGGUCAAGAAAGUUUUAACCUUCACAGGGCAGCUGCUUGUUAGCUCGACUGCUUGGAAUCGCUAUAUCGCCGUAUACCAAGACAUGUUGGAGCGUAAUGAUGUAACGCCAACACAAUUCAUUCGGCAGAACAUAACCUUUAAAUCGGCGUGGUUUUUAUGUGUUGCGUGGAUGUGGCGAAUAGUUAAUGUGCAUUCCUUGCUACAUCUAGUUUUGUUAAGUAUAUUUUGCGAUAAAUUGUGGGACUUCUUAAAGGCUAUACAAUAUGUCGGUUAUAUUGUACUGUUAAUUGUAAUUUGUAUCACAGAAAUGCAUGUUUUAGAGGCUCAUAAUUUCAUUUUUAACACUGUAUCCGGUAAUAAUACAUCGUUUUGAUCCAUUUUCUUUUUCUAAAUGUCGUGUUUGUACAAAAUGUGAAUUGUUAUUGAAUCGAAGAUAUUUUAUGUAAAAUUUAACACUAU